UGACCACUUUGAAUAUAUAUUUUUACAAAUUUAAUUUUACUCGAAAUAAAAACAAGAAAUUUAUUGAUGAAUUUCAUCCCUUUACUUUUUUCAAUACUUUUAUUUUAUUGAAUUAAUUUCUUAAUUUUGUAAGAUAAAUUUUGAUAAAUUAAAUUAGGAGGAUUAAAAUUUUAAUUUUUGUAAACUUGACCCAUUUGCCAACACAUCUAUAAAUGAAAAGUAAAAAACCAAAGAAUGGCGAAAAUAAGAAUAUAUUCUUCCAUUUCAUCUCUUCCCUUAGCUGCAAUCUACUGUCUCUCUCCCUCAGAUCCGCUUUUGAUAAAUUAAAACCAACUUAAAUUUUUUUAAAAAUUGGGAAGAAAGCUACAGGUUAAAUCAAAACCCAAUUGAAAUUUUGUUUUCUCAUUGGAACUGAGUUUUUAGAAUAUGGAAACAACAAAGGCGUUGAAGGAGGAGGGAGGCGAGGGAGGACAGGAGAAAGAAGUGUUGUUGGAUGGCAGCAACGGAAGCAGUAGCAGCGGCGACGCCAAUACUAAAGGGGCUCCUAAACAUAGGCAUACCCCUACAGCCAGCUAUGGUGGGGAUGAGAAGGGGAUUUAUGAAAUUUUCGGAUGGGUGUAUCAUAUUGGAGCCAACUCGAUCGGCCACGAGUAUUGUCAUCUUCGCUUCCUCUUUAUAAAGGGCAAAUACGUAAUGAUGUACAAAAGAGAUCCUCACGAGAACCCCGGUAUUAAACCUAUUAGAAAGGGUGUCAUAGGACCUACAUUGAUGGUGGAGGAGUUAGGACGGCGAAAAGUCAAUGACGGGGAUCUAUAUGUUAUACAGUUCUACAAUCGAUUGGAUGAGUCCAAGAAAGGAGAAAUUGCUUGUCCAACAGCUGGAGAAGCUCGAAAAUGGAUGGAAGCAUUUGAUCAUGCCAAGCAACAGGCUGAAUAUGAGCUUUCAAGAGGAGGUAGUACCAGAAACAAAUUAAACAUGGAGGCUGAUAUUGAUUUGGAUGGCCAUCGACCACGAGUAAGGCGGUAUGCACAUGGAUUAAAAAAUCUUAUAAGAAUUGGAAAAGGUCCAGAAAUGCUUUUGAGGCAAACCUCAAACUUGGGUGGUAGUGGUACGUCAAAUAGAUACUUUGAAGGGGAGUUUGGAGAUGCAAUUGAAGCACAUGAAUGGAAAUGUGUUCGUACAGUCAAUGGUAUUAGAAUCUUCGAGGAUGUGGCUGAUUCUAAGCGUGGAAAAGGUGCCCUUGUAAAGGCUGUUGGUCUUGUAGAUGCAAGCGCAGAUACCGCUUUUGAAGUAAUCUUAAAUCUGGAACGCCGUAAGAGAUAUGAGUGGGAUAUGUUGACUGCUGACUUGGAGCUGAUAGAUUCUUAUGAUGGACACUAUGAUGUUGUCUAUGGAACAUAUGAUCCAAAAUAUCUUACUCGAUGGCAAUCCAAGAGAGAUUUUGUCUUCACUAGGCAGUGGUUUCGAGGGCAAGAUGGGGCAUACACAAUUUUGCAACUUCCAGCUGUACAUAAGAAGCGGCCUUCAAGAUCUGGAUACCGUCGUACACCAAUUAACCCAUCUACGUGGGAGGUUAGAAGUUUAAAUUCGCCCAUGGGUUCAAACACCACAAAAUGUCUUGUAACACAUAUGUUGGAGAUUCAUUCUUCUGGAUGGCUUCGAUGGAAGAAAAAUAGCAGCUCAAAGUUUGAACAGACCAUCCCAUAUGCUUUAUUAUCACAAGUGGCAGGGUUAAAGGAAUAUAUUGGAGCAAAUCCAUCACUGAGUUUUGAAUCUUCCGCCACGGUUGUCCAGUCAAAACUUUCUGAUGUUUCAACUUCCAGCAGCGAGUUUGAGGAUUUAGAAGUGCAGGAUGAAUUCUAUGAUGCAAUUGCUGGUGAUUCUACUUCAUCUUCAGAAGAUGAAGAGAGUGAGGAUGAUACAGAGAAGAAGAAAUUUAAGCUGAAGAAUGUAUCAUGGGCCAUCUCAAGCUUAGCUUUGAAGCGAGUUUCAGCUUCUGAUGCAAAUAAGGAAUUGGAUCCUACUGUACCUUCUGUCCAUGUUGAUGCAAGCCAAUUCAGUGGUUCCCUCCAUAAAGGAAGGGAUGAGACUGACUCAAAUUGUUGGACUUCUCCUAGUGGUACGGGAUUUAUGAUAAGAGGAAAGACUUACUUAAAAGAUAAUGCCAAAAUAAUGGGUUCAGAUCCCCUUCUCAAACUAAUAGCUGUUGACUGGUUCAAAGUUGAUACAGCCACAGAUAAAAUUGCAUUGCAUCCAAGGUCUCUAGUUCAGUCAGAUGCUGGAAAAAAGCUUCCAUUUAUCCUUGUGAUUAAUCUCGAGGUCCCUGCAAAACCAAACUAUAGUUUGGUCCUUUACUAUGCUGCUGAAAGGCCUGUGAAUAAAAAUUCUUUAUUGGGAAGAUUUGUGGAUGGAACAGAUAUGUUUCGUGAUGCCAGAUUUAAACUGAUACCAAGCAUUGUUGAGGGCUAUUGGAUGGUCAAGCGUGCGGUUGGAACAAAAGCUUGCCUACUUGGGAAAGCUGUUACCUGCAAGUAUUUCAGACAAGACAACUUUCUUGAGAUUGACGUGGAUAUUGGGUCAUCAUCUGUAGCAAGAAGUGUUAUUGGCCUUGUCCUUGGAUAUGUCACAAGCUUAGUAGUAGAUCUUGCAAUAUUAAUAGAGGGAAAGGAAGAGGCAGAAUUGCCAGAGUACGUAUUGGGCACUGUCCGACUGAACCGAGUGAAGCCUGAAUCUGCUGUACCACUGAAGGCUUGAAGUUAACCACUGUGGCUAAGCCAGUCCUUAACCAUCUUGUACUGGUUGGUAUGAAUAUGAGUAGGCUCCAAGUUUAAUAGUUUUAUUUGAUAAUAGUAUUAAAUGAUGGAUAAGUUAGGUUGGAUUUGCACCCAGUUUUUCACUCGUUUCAGCCUACGAUUUGAGAAGACUAGCGUUGGGUUAAUAGUUGAUCUUCGAAUUGGGGGUUGAUCUUGUGCUGAAUAUAAUUGCCUCUUUAUAUGCUUGGUUCAAGAUCAUAUAGGUUGAAGAACCAAAUGGCCUCUUUAUAUACUUGGUACCUGAUCAUCAUAUAGAUGGAAGAAACAAAUGGUGUACUUUGUACUUAAAAUUUUACCACAGAAUUUGGGACAUAUUUGAUCCGUCACUUGGGACUUGUUUUGAUGGAUAGUUUGUUUUAAUGGAUUCCUUUUAUCCAUAAAGAAUUUGUGGAGUUUUCUCUGCAUCUUUCCAUUUAA